CGCCUAUACGCGGCUCAGAGCUCUUGCACAUACCACGCACUUCGGCUCGCAGGGGCUGAUUUCAAAAUUAAAAAAGUGUUAUCACUGCAAGCGUCGUCAUUUAUCGAGGUGGGUCCAGCGUUUCAUAAGACGUGUCGUUGAUUCAUAGAGUAGAGUAAAAAUGAAGGCAGCUUUAGUGUUUCUGGCUAUGGUGGCCAUGACAUUGGCCAAUCCCGUGGAAAAGGUAGAGAAGGCCGAGAUUCACCAGCAGCAGUCGGUGACCAUGACCGACAGGGCCAAAUACGAAGAAGAGCUUCUCCGAAAGCUGAACGCCAAGUGCUCUCAGAACGAAGUGAGCAGCUGCGUUAUGCUGAAGCUGGUUACCUACAUGAACAAGCUGUUGAAAAAGGCCUCGAUCGAAUUGACUGACGAUAUUGAAAUUCGAAAGACGAGCCAGAUAACGGAGGAGGCCAUGUUUAGCGCUGCCAGAAGCAACGAUGAAGAUUCCGAAGUCUUGGAUCUGAUAACAAACAAAAUUUACUCGUUUGUCAAGUCGAGGAGUAUCAAAUGGCGGAUACUCCCAGAGGAUGAUGUGGUUGUCUCUGCUUCCGAGGAUGAAACAGGUUCAUUGAAUCUUGGAUUAUCCAUCGAACACUCCGACAAAGCUGUUCAGGAUGGUCGUGGGAAAAAGAACAACAUGGGACCUCUACUCGCUGCCGCAGCCCUCAAGAUCGGUUUGAUCGGUGGUCUGGCUUUUAAGGGUCUCGCCUUGCUAGUCGGCAAGGCCUUACUUCUGUCAAAGAUCGCUUUGCUUCUUGCUAGCAUAAUCGGUUUGAAGAAACUGUUCUCCCAGCAGAAGCACGUCACUUACGAAGUAGUCGCACAUCCGCACCACUCCUCAAGUCACUCUUACAGCGCUGACCAUGGCCAUGGGGAUAGCUACUCGAGCGGAUGGGGCAGAAACUUGGACGUCUCCCCUGUGGCCAUCCCUUCGGAAGGAGUGAGCGACGCUCAAGACUUGGCGUACAGCGCCCAUAAAAAUUAAGAAAAUCGUCUGUAAUCUCUACUUACUGUAGAAGUUUUACAGUGGGUCUGUGGCAAAGAGCUCAAAUUUCAAGAGCUCACUGCAACAAGAAUGUUCACAAAUUGAUGCCUGGAUUAAUCUUUGCGUAGUGAAAACUGCAAAAAUUUAAAUCCAAUGCUAAUAGAGAUCUUGGCUGGACUAUUCUUGGUUGAUAAUUGGCCACGUCCACUUAUAAGAAUUAUGAACUGGAAUCGCUUCAAAUCGUUUUAAACCACUACUACUCACAUCAUUGUCGAUUUAUUUGAGCCAUUUUUACGACCGUUUGAACCAUAACUUCAUUUUGUAAUUAGUGGAUGCGUUAUCUCGACGUACCUAAUUUCCGCCCAGUUAAAUGAAAAUCGUAAUAUUUAAAUGACACAUUGCUUCUAAGAAUUCUGCUCUCUUACUCCUUUCAUGUUUCAUCCGUCUAUAUAGACGGAUUUUCUCUCACUAUUUUAAUUGCAUCCUAAGCAACUUCCUGACCUAGUACAACAUAUUUCAGUUUUCUCGAUUCUGUGGUGAAACCAGUUCAUAAUUGUCUAAUGUUAUAGUUUUAUUUAUAUUAUUUAUUGAAUUUUAUUAUAUUUAUUGACUAAAAUCACGUGAUUAGUAUGUACGAUUCGAUAUGACCAUCAGAAGACAAAACUUAACGGAAUUAUUCGACCCUGACGGACUGAUAGACAAAGUACCUUGGUAAUUCAAGAUAACCACACAGACGCGACGAACAAUACGAAAAGGCAGAAAAACUACCAGGCGAAAUCGAGAAAUAUUGGUCGAACGACCAAAAAACAGACAACGCGUUUAACCCCCAGACCACAGAUGGCGACUGCUGCCUAUUAUUUCGUUGCCGGUGAACAUUAAAUAUUUGGUGAAUACUGUGAUAACUACUUAAAUUUGAUGCUGUGACGUCGGCUGGACGGCAUAUAGCUACAUGCUGUUCAAUUGGCUAAGCAUGGAUACCGAUUGACCAGGACAAAACUGACGGACUUACGAUAGGACGAACGGGACAUUGAACACAUUCAUUUAGGAUCUCCGUGGAACAGGAUGCAGUGCAACGAAAAGUGGUUGAGUUCUAACGAUAUCAGCGCGAGACCCACAUUCAUGCUGCUAUUAUAUAAUUUAUUUGUACCUUACAUGUCACAUAAAUGAAUCACAAAUAUGUAAGAUUAUUGUUAUAUUAUGAAUAAAUAUAUUUUUUUUUAAG